GCUUUCUUCCUUUUUCACAAAAUCGUUGAACUUUUCCCUCUCUUCUUUGUGUCCCCGAUUUUCAUCAUCUUCUUCCACGAAACUUUUAGGUUCCUUAACAAAACGACUAGAUCCUUCCUGAGAAGGUUAAUUUGGUGUGCAAAUCUGACAAAAUCCCUUUUCUAAUCGAGGUCAUUAUGGAUCCUUGUUUCUCUGCCUCAUUCUUUUCUUCUUCUUCUUCUGUUUCUCUCUUCUUCUUUUUUUUUUUUGGUUGCAUGCUACAGAUUUCUUGUGCUUCCAUUAAUUUGAAUCUUUAUUUUGUCUCCUCCUUUCUUUCCGUAGAAAGCCUUAAGAGAUGGCUGAUCCUUAUCUGACCGACAGUGUGCAGCCAUACCGCGACCCGUGGUACACUUUUCAUGAUGGCUUUCUGUAAUUCAACGCUUGUUUGGCGAAAAGGGCGAAGGAAACCAUGUGGGCAAGGCUUGAAAGAUGAGACUUGCUGCCAGUUCCAAUUCACUUUGCCUUCCCGUCCGGUAAGAUGGAAGAUUGGUUCGGGCUGGGCUAAGGAGAUGCUUGUCAGGAACAGCUUUGUGGAGACAUUGCAUGCUGCUAGGAUUCUUAAGUCGAUAGCUUUGAGUCAAACUCUGCAAAUUAGUGGCAAUGUAGAGUGCCUCCGUCGUUUGGUGAGGAGGUGGUGCAUGAGUACCCAUACUUUUAUCCUUGCUUUUGGAGAGAUUACUGUGGCUCUAGAGGAUGUGACAAACCUGAUGCUGUUGCCUAUCGUUGGGGAAGAGGAUCCACGGCACAUAGUGUUAACACCGGAAGAGUGUGCCACACUAAUAGCUUUGAGGAACGCCAGUGCCUCUUCUCGUUCAUUGAGGGGAAAGUAUAACAUUGAUUUCCCAACUUGGAUGCAGCAUGAAGCUCCCUUUAGCCCCGUUGAUGCUAGGUUUUGCCCUUAUCAUUCUGGCUAUGUUACCAAUGGGAAGGUUUUGAAGGAAUAUCCCAUGGCGAAGUGUGGUUAUACUAGCGAAACAACUCCAUUAGCCUGCUCUUGGAUGGGACAAAGGAAAAUAAAGGGACAAAAAAUCCCGAAAGUUGAUGGUCUUCUAGAUGACUAUGGUAGCUUUAAUUUCCAUGCAUACAAGACAAUGCCUGGGACUUGCUCCACCCGAGAUUGGAAUAAGGCCAUGCGGCCUUACAUUGAUGAAGCUGCCACGGCCAUGUGGAGUGAAGGUGUUGCCACACUUAGCAAACACUCUUGGGGGUUUUUAAGUAGGGAGGAUAAUGGACAAUGGAUACCCAUCUGUUUUCCCAUUCUUGGCAUGGUGGAAGAGGAGUAUGAUCAGGCUAGUGCUAUUGAUGAAGAAAUUAGGCAAAAGGCAAGUGGCGAUGUUGAGGCUAGAGAAGGAGCUGAUGAAGCUGCCCCUCCUAGGAGGUUGGUUUUGGGUAAGACGAAGAGUGUUGCCCAUCUGCCUAAGAGCAGAGCACGUAGAACUUCAGCUUCGCCAACAAGCAAGCAAAGUAAGGCUAAAGCACCCACACCCUCUAAAGCCAAAACUACAAAGGAAAAAGAUACAAGUCAUGACAGUGAAAACAAUGAGAGUUCCUGGGGCAAUCCAGAUCCAAAGGUGAUUAAGCGGAUCAAGAGAUUAAGACCCAUUCGUGGCGAUAGGUGCUUGGCUUCCAAUGAAGGCUUUGGUCCAAUCCCUAUUCCUGGUGACGAUAAAGUUCCGUCCAAGGCUAAAGAGGCUAAGCAGGAGGAAGCCUUGGUGAACCCUGAAGUUCGUCGAAAAAUUUUGGCCAGUGAAACAAGUGAGCCUUUGCUUCCCAAUGACAUACUUAAUGUUGUUGACUCUAUCAUUGAUUGGAGUGAUCCCAUAUCCUUCACAGCCGCGUCAGUAGAGAAGGCUAAAGCCAGCAAAGUCCCACCACAAAAGCCUACUAUGGUCUCGUAUGGCACUCCCAAUACGACAAAGAAGCCUGAAAUAGUGAAAACUCAACUAGAAGUGAUGGUAUUGAAGCUACGUCCCAUUAGCGAACUACCUCCUUUUAGGGCUGGUGACUUCGAGUUGGCUCUCGGGGGAUUUAUACCAACGAGGAAAAUUGGUGCUUCCAUCAAUGAGAAAGAUGUUGAGAAGGGUGAGGCUAAGGCCAUGAUGGGCAUUGGUAAAGAAAGGGGAAAGAAGAAAUCCAUCUCCAAUAAAGGCAAAACAAACACUGGUGCGCCAGCUAUGAGCUCAGUGAAGAAAGUUGCCGAUCCUGGUGAGAUCAAGCAUAAUGGUCAAUCGUCCGUGGCUCCAACUAAGUCAAGUGAGAUUGAUGACUCAGCCAUGAGGCUGCUCAACAAUCUUGACAAAAUGAAUGAGGAUAAGGAUGUUUCACUGGCCCAGUUCGGCUUAGUGCCCCUAGGUGGCUCACGAGCAGUGGGCAAGUUUGCAGUGUCCGCAAUGUUGGAACCGCGGGCAUGCCAUCUGCUAGACAUUUUUCCAAAUCUCAUGACGUGUAGCAAAGCCAAGAAAGUGGUGGUUGAGGAUGCCUUCUCAAUCCUCUGUGCGACCAUGCAGCACAUAGAGGUAACUCCCUUUGUUGAAAUGAAUAAGGAUUUCUUUUAUUUGUGUAGGGAUGCCCUUGAUGAUGCUGAGAGUAUAAAUUUUGAAGUCAACACCCUUCGCACUCAUUUAUCAAACUUGGCAAAGGCAUACCUUGGGAAGACUGAGUUCGACGCAACCAGAGGUGACAUGGUUGAGGGCUUGGAUGAGCGAAUCAAGGAGCAAGUGAAGCAUAUUGAAGAGAUGGAGAAGUCUUUGGCCGAGACAAAAGAACUUGUCGUCAAACUAGAAGAAAGACUGGUGUCAGCCAAGGUGUACCUAGGAUUGCUCAACCAAGAAAAAGAAUGUUUGGACUCCAACGGUGUGACUGAGCUUCGCCAUGCCUAUAUGGAAGCUGCCAAGGCCUUUGGAAAUGAGCUCGACCCCUUCUUGCCAUGAGUUAGCCUCACGUCCCAGCUUUCUCUUCAUUUUUUUUAUUCAUUUUCUUUUAUAGUACGUUGACUGUUGGCGAUGUUGCCAUGAUGUAGCUCUCUAGUCAUUUUUGUUCUAGGUUGAACAUCAUUGCUUCCAACAAAGUCUAGAUCUUGUUGCUUGUUUAUUUUCUUGCUUGUUUCUCUCUACUGCUCUGAAUAUAUCAAUUGCACAGAC